UAAUUUAGGGGUAUUCGUGUGAAUGACCCCCGUGCAAAAUCAAAUGCUCUUCAUUAUCUUAUCUUUGAAUUUCUCGCGUCGGAUCUUCUUCUCAUUUCUCACACUCGCAAAUUACUGUAGAGGUUAAAAAGGCUCUCUUAGUUUCUGAGGGAACUAUGACAAUGACGAUGACCACUGCAAUGGCGUCGCCGUCCCGCCGGCUGCCUAUCGACUCUCGCUAUAGUAUCGUCAGCACUAUCCCCAAGAAUGUGGCAAUUUACCCAGCAACAGCAGUUACAAAGAAGGGGUUAUUGAAGCACUGUAUAUCCUCGCAAGGAUGCCUAAGAUCUCUGGUGAAACCAGUAUCGGCUGCUAGUUCCGGGCUAGAGGCAGAUUCAGCUGAUGAACGCCUUAAAAAUGCAAAGAUAGUUGUUGAAUCCGAAGAAGCUGAGAAGAUACAAGUCAGAGUAGAUGUGAACGGGGAGUACACAAAAAUGGUAUUCGAUAGUGUUUUGACAAAAUUAGCUAAAUCAGAGCAACCGAUUCCAGGCUUCCGCAGGGAAAAGGGAGGAAAAACAUCCCAGGUUCCUAGGGAAUUUCUACCUCAGAUACUUGGCGAAGAACGAGUUACCAAUUCUGUAAUACGAGAAAUUAUUAACUCAACUCUUGCUGAAUAUGUGAAGAAGGAGAAUCUGGCGGUGAAGGAUAACAAAAUUAGCAUCACACAAACUGCGGAUGAACUCAUGUCAUCCUUUGCUCCGGGAAUGGAAUUCGGGUUCAAUGCCAUCUUAUGGCUUGAAAAAUCAAAAACUGAAGCCACCACAUAAACCCACAGAAGAAGAUGAUUAUAUCUUAUCAUCAGCUUUUUUGGCAUCAAGAUAGUUGAUUCAAAAGGUAAAAAGGAACGUUUGCAACAAAUCUAAGAAAGGCAGUGGGGGAGAUACAAAUUUUUACAUGAGGAUAUGAAAACUAAACAUGGUAGUAAAAUUUCCCAUUGUCAUUCCUGGUCUAGAGAUAUUGUUAACUAUUGUGGCUUGAUUAUGCGGCACACUAUAUGUUCAGAGCUGAUAAUUGGCAGGCAAUUAUUACGAAAAACAGGGAGAAGCGAUGUAGUUGAAGGUUAAGGAUAAACUUGAAACUAGUGGUAUGCGAGAACAUGUGUUGCAAGCUCUUGUUAUUGACAGUUUGACACUAUGCAAAGGCUUUUUAGAGCAUGGAACACUCGAUUGCAUGCUAACUAUUCAUAUAGUCCUAUUAUGCCACUGAUAAAGAGAGACCUUCCAUAGACUGUAGGAUGUUACACCUGAUGACUGGGUGUUUCUUGUAGGACUUUUUAUAAGUCCCGCAUUCAAGGUUGUGAAUGAGUAGAACAAACUAACGGGGAAAACAAAUAACUAAGCACUCUUGUGGCUCAAAGUCAUUUGCAGUUGUGAAGUAAUCAUUGGGCCAGCUCCAGGAAAUUGUGGCUCAACAGCAAUCUGAAGAAAAUGUUCAAUCAGUUGCAGAUGAGAUUUUAACCACUAUACUCCAUGAAUGGACUAUGUUCGUGGAAAAGGGUAUGGAAAGAGGCCUCCAGAAAAGAUUUGCGUGCAACAAGUGGACUUAGAGGCCAGUAUGGCUUCUACAAUGGGAAGUAUGUGCCAAGAGAUGCAAGCAGAAAUGGAAAGAAUAUUGCAGGAAGAACGUUAGCAAGUGGCUGCUGAGCUGCAAAGAAAGAAGAACAAGGGACUUCUGACUUACUAAGGAAACUAGAAGAGGAGCUUGCCCGCAUGGAUAUACAAGUUGGCAAAAGAACUCAAGUGAAGAUGGAUGCAUUCAUGAUCAGAAUGCAACAGGUAAACAUGUAUGUUUUGCAUAUUUGGAUAUACAGUGAAUAAGUCAUUUGAAAUUUGGACCUUUGUUCUCCCUAUUUGCUUUAAUGUUAAGCAUCUGAUGCAUUUCUGCCUUACAGAUUUGCUAAUCUAAAAUUGUUUUUCAUUUGGUCCUCUCAGUGUUUUGGGUUAUAUAUGAUGCUUUGAGUUGGAUUUCUCAAAGUGUGGUGCCAGUCUUUUGGUAUAGAGGAAAAUAUUUUUCAAUUAUUCUACGUUUGAUCUGUCAAAUGUAGGAGUACAAGUUCCUUAAAAAUGAGGAAAAUGAUUUUCCCAAUAGAAGUAGAAAACAAGUCCAAUAGGUGGCCGUCCAAGCUCAUUGUCUCCUUCCACCCCCUAACUCCAACUCCCUGCAUCAUCUCACCACCAUAGUGUUUCCUAAAUUAUAUAUAAAUGUUUUUGGGACAAUAUGUUUUUAUUUACAUACCACUAAAUUUGUUAGAAAUUUACUUAUUUUUUGAAAAAAAAAAUUCUCUAAGGAAUAUUUCCUUCGUAUCAAACACAAACUAGGUCCUAUUACUAUCCACUUGUGCAUGAAGAUCUCUGGAGUAUUAACUGCAAGCAGAAUAUGAUGAUAAUUAAUUUAUAACAUGGAUAUGAGUGACCAAUAAUAUUUUCUACGCUCAUAGAAGUCAAUAUAUCUUGUUUUUAUAUGAUCGUGGUGUUCAGGGCAGCUUGCACAGACCUCGACUAAUUCUACGGGAUAGCUGUCGCCUCCUACCACAACAAGUUACCAUGUAAUUGUUUACCAAGGGUAGGACAGAUGGAAAUAAAUCUCUAGUGUUUUUGGUUCUGCUGGGAUUUGAACUAGAGACUUCAUGUUUCUCAACUUACCUCAUUGACCAAUAGGCCACACUCUUGAAUCAAAUUCUCUAGUUCUUAAUGGAAAACGAGACGAGGAAUAAACUUGUCAAUAUGUUACAUAGAUUUUAAUUUCCUUCACAGGAUUUAACCAGAAGUAAUAUAAGUUCCUAGCAGUUGAUUAUUUCAUGAGUUGCAUCGUGGAUUUAUCAGUCUUUCUCUUUUUGCUUCUUCCUCGCUAGAAGUUUGUAAAUGAUGUAAUACAUACUUGUUAUAUUAGUUUCUCCCUGAGUCUAAGGGGAUUCCAGUAAACUAAAACAACAUCAUUCCUUUUCAGAUACUGUCAAAUGUCUAAUACUUGUUUCUUCUUUUAAUAUCAUGUUAUUCGUCAAUUCCCUGGAUUUUUUGGCUUUCCUUCCUGCAUAAUCUCAGAUGUUAUCAGUUUCGGGGAGCUUGUGGUUCAAUUUGAUGCAAAGGGUCGUGGGGUGUGAAAAAAGCCUUUUCCUAGAUCCUGCAACAAUAAAGUACUCAACAAUGAGGACAUGAAGCUGCUCAAGAAUUUUUUAUGAAUACAUUGGAGUAGUUUGAAAAUGUGUGACUAAAGCGGGCAGUAAAAUGGGAGUUGUACCAUUUUGUUCCGAACUGAUGGCCAAAUGGCCAAACAACCAAACACUGCUAAAUUCUCUUUAUUUAUCUUGUCAUCUGUUCUGCAAAGCUGUAAGUGAUUGAUCAGACAAGUGUCAAGGCUUUGAGUAGACUUCUUUCAUUUCUGAAUUAGCUUGUGACAAUUCCUAGCAUAAGUAUGAGCUUUGUCUACCGCA